AUGUCCCGUCACUCUGUAUCUCUAACAACUCUCCUGAAUAAACCGAGUGAAAGUGAUAGGCUUGCGAACAAUAAAUUGGGAAAUGGACUCAUUGCCCUUGGAGUUGUCAAUGCUAUACUCUUUAUAAUCGUUAUAAUCGUUAUAAUCACUCUGACCUGCGUUCGACAAAAACUAACAAAUAUUAAACUAGAGGACACAAAAAUGCAUUUAGAAUGGACAGAUUGUCUUAAUUGUUGUUGUUGUUGUCAAAGGAUUUUUGGAUAUAGCAUCGUUCGUAAGCCGAAACAUGGGCAAGAGACGGAUAUAAAUAAAGAAAAUGUCACAAAGGAAAAACAGUGCACACUGGAAACGCUCGAUCCUAUGGCUAUUUAUGAGAUAUGUUUAUCCAGGAAGUUCUGGUGUUUCAGGAGUUUUGCACAACGAAGAUCUGUAAUUACUCGAAAACUUGGUAUGCUGAAUGAUCAAGGAAAUGUUGCAAAGUCAACAAGUAUUGAUGUAUGGUGGACUAAACCUGAUUGCAUUACUAACCCGCAAAUGAAAUACAAAGUCACAUGCAAUGAGGAGGUUACGGAAGAAAACACGGGCAAAACCAAAAGUACGAUAAAAGGUCGCAUGCCUAAGAAAACGUAUAAAAUUGAAGUAUUUGCCAUAGACGAUGGAACAAACAGUCUUCUGUUUGCAGAGAACAUAACAACGACGCCUUUACAAGUGUGCCUAGGAGAUUUUUGUUAUAAGCCAGGACAGUCAUGUGUAGAAUGCAACAUAACAUGGACAGUUAAAGACUUUGAUAUACAAGAGCACUUAAACGAAUCAGACAAUUUUUAUUUUAUUGUUAAAUGGUGUAUAGAGGGACAAGAGGUCGAUAAAAGAGAGAAGAUCAGAGCUUCAAGAUAUACUAUACCGAAACUAUAUCCAAAGCAUUCCUACACUGUAUAUGUUUACCCUGUUUACCACUCGGUUACAUUUGAACGUGCCAUGAUUGAACUCGCAACACCAU